AUGGACAGACACUUCUUGCUGCUCUUCUCCCUCUUCUGCCUCGUUGUAGAAGCAACAUCACUGAAGUGUGUCACAUGCCACCUUCGCAUCCCGGCAGACCACUGCAGAAGAGGCUUUGGUGUUUGCAAUGCUCAGAAGUACGAAUCAUGCAUGAGCCUAAGGAUCUACUUCAGUAACACUCUCCAAAUAUCAUACAUGGUGUGUCAGAGAUUCUGCAAGAAUUUGACGUACAACUUUAACAAUCGGACUUACAUCCAUAAAUGUUGUGAUGACGAUUUUUGUAACUUCAGAAUCUAA